GUGGCAACAGUCCCUGGGGACCCAUCCUGGGGAAGAGGACUGCUAGCGGUAAAGAUGAUGGAGCCAGGGCCCCCACCCCCUCCAGCCCCCACGGCUGCCGCAGGCCUCGGUGACAGCCUGUCUGAUAUGAACUACUACCGGCAGGCCAUGCAGAGGAUGGCAGAGGACAUCCUGUCGCUGCGGAGACAGGCCAGCAUCCUGGAAAGAGAGAACCGCAUACUGAGGAGCCACCUGGCCCAGCAGGAGGAAGACGGCCAGGGCAAAGCCAGUGAGGCCCGGCACACGGUGUCCGUGAAGCAGAAACUGCUGCUGAGUGAGCUGGAUAUGAAGAAACUGAGGGACAGGGUGCAGCAUUUGCAGAAUGAGCUGAUUCGAAAGAAUGAUCAAGAGAAGGAGCUGCUCCUCCUAUAUCAGGCUCAGCAGCCACAGGCUGCACUGCUGAAGCAGUACCAGGGCAAGGUGCAGAAGAUGAAGGCGCUGGAGGAGACCGUGUGGCACCAGGAGAAGGUGAUCGAGAAGAUGGAGCAGGUGCUGGAAGACAGGCUGCGGGACAGGAGCAAGCCCCCACCUCUAAACAGGCAGCCAGGAAAGCCCAGCACAGGCUUCCCUGGGCUCUCAGCCUCUGGCCUGCCCCUAGGUUCUACGACAGAGAACCUGCCGCUUGAACUUUACUCUGCGCUGCUGGCAGAAAAUGCGAAGCUGCGGGCGGAGCUGGAUAAGAACCGCCACCAGCCAGCCCCGAUCAUUUUGCAGCAGCAGGCCCUGCCGGUGGACCCCGGGGAGUUGGGAGCAGGAGGAGACUUGGCAGAGAGGCUGCAAGAGAUGCAUGGCCCAGGCCACUCCAGGUGCACACAGACGCUGCCCGCACAGGAUCUCCUCUCUGAUACUUCAGACAAGUUUAACCUCCUGGCCAAGCUAGAACGAGCUCAGAGCCGGAUCCUGUCCCUCGAAAGCCAGUUAGAGGACUCAGCUCGACGCUGGGGACGAGAGAAGCAGGAUCUAGCCACACGGCUGCAGGAACAAGAAAAUGGUUUCAGGCAUCCCUCGAACUCCAUCAUCAUAGGACAGCCUGUGAGUGACCCCCCUGGAGAGGCUCCUGGGGGUUCAGGUGGUGGAGCAGGCAGCCACCCCACCUCCAAAGUCACUGGGCCCUGAGAAAACCACUGUGGGGCCAAAUCCGGGGUUGGGAGUCAGAAGUCCUAGGCUCCUAUUCCCGCUCUGUUUCCAACCGAAGGCUUGGUCUCAAGUCCCCCACUGUCUGAGUAGAACAGAAAACCCCUGCCAAGACCACCCCUUCCCCUUCGUCAUCUCAAAACUCAAGGAGAUGACGGUGGAUGAGGGGCCACACGGGCAUUUCUGGGAUGCCCUGGCUCUGAGUGUGCUUUAGAACUGGCUGCACGCAUGGGCAGGGCAGCUUGCGGCCCUACCUCCCUGACUCCACAGAGCCUCAGAAAUUAGCACACCCUUGUUAGGUGGCCACGAUGUAGGCUCCACUUUGCCGACUUCCCAAGAACAAACAGGCCUGCUCACAACGGCCCCUCAAGUUCAACCCCGGGGCUGCCCAGCCCCACAAAGCAAAGACCCUGACUUCUGCUCUUGAGCCAGCUGUGCUUUGCCCAUGGCCAGAGCUCAGGGAAAGGCCUGGAAAGGAUGAGGAAAUAGGCAAGGAGCAAAGGCUACCUUUACACACUCACCCGAGCGCUGGGGACUGCUGGAGAAAGUAGGUGUCAAUAUGGCGAAAUGGGUUUAGAAAACUUUGCAGGCAUGACCCAGUGGGCUCUGGAUCUGAGGCCUGGUUUGUCAGGCAAUAUGCCCUUGAGCAGGUCACCCGCUGGGAACGGGGGGUACUCAUGCAGCCUACUUUGCACACCACAGAAUGCCCCCACCCACUCCAAGGACCUCAAGCAGCCCUCAAAGCUGGAGCCCCUGCUGCCCAGCUCUGACAAUAAGCUCAACAGGCAGUCGACCCCCCAGGAGGAGACCACUAACUCUCAGCAGACCUGAGCCCCGGAGCAGCCCUCCUUCGCUGUGUGCUAGGGAGUCUCAUCCCCGCCCCCUAAAAAUGACUUGAUUAAACGCUGUAGCUCUGUGAGCAUUUGUGUCUUUCCUGGAGCAGGGCAGCCUGGGCGCCCUGCUUCCUGCCUCUAGACCCCCACUCUGGGCCUGGGCCUGGGCCUUCGGCUGCAACCUUACAGCCUCCUGCCUGCCCCUGGAGCCAGCAUCUUUGGAAAGCCAAAGGCCACAGUGGACCCAGGAGGGUGGAAAGAAGAGGCCUUCCAAAGCAGGGCCAGGGAGACAGGCGUCUUCCAGACCCCCAGAAGAAGCAAGGCCACCAGAGACCAGCUCUGUUGGAAGAUAUGAGGGAGGCUUGUCUUUUUCAUCUGCUCCAAAACAUCUAUCAUGUCUGA